CUCUGUGCAGAUAUCUCCUUCCAUGAUGUAGUGGGAUGAAACAGAGAAGGCUGUUUGUGGAAACGAGCGUGGGCUUCACCCUUGAGGGUCUGCAAUUUCCUGACUCCUCUUGACUUACUUGAAGAGAUCCAUUUUCUUGAGAUCAGUUGCAGGAAUUUUGCAUGUUCAUGAAAGCACAUUGCACCAGAGGCUGGUGGACCUCAGUGUGGUGUCCACAGCUGAGCACGCUGGAUUGUCAGCACAACCUCUCCACAACCACUGAUGCCCAAAUGAUGCUUCUGUCCCACAGGUGGGCCCUGCAACCAUGACAUGACCAGCUAAGCAUGUCCCAUCUGAGCCCUCUGGUCCCACCCCAAGCAAAACCUCCUGCUGAUGGUCCCAUUUCAGGGCUGGAGAAAAUGCCUUCCCGUGUAAAACUGCAGCGCAUAAGAGCAUGCAAGGAGAGUUUCAAGUGUAAGACUGGAGCAAGAGAAGCUCAAAGCUGAAUAUUGACCUGUCAGCAGCCAAGCGCAAGUUUGCAGACUCUCUCAACGAGUUUAAAUUCCGCUGCAUUGGUGAUGCUGAAACAGAUGAUGAGAUCUGCAUUGCCAAGUCUCUGCAGGAGUUUGCAACGGUGCUGCGGAACCUGGAAGACGAGCGGAUGCGCAUGAUCGAGAAUGCCAGCGAGGUGCUGAUCACACCACUGGAGAAGUUUCGCAAGGAGCAGAUCGGAGCCGCUAAGGAUGCCAAAAAGAAAUAUGACAAGGAGACUGAGAAGUAUUGUGGUGUCCUAGAAAAGCACUUAAACUUGUCUUCUAAGAAGAAAGAAUCCCAGCUUCAGGAGGCAGACAGCCAGGUGGACCUGGUUCGGCAGCAUUUCUAUGAAGUCUCGCUGGAGUAUGUCUUCAAGGUGCAAGAGGUCCAGGAGAGGAAGAUGUUUGAGUUCGUGGAACCUCUGCUGGCCUUUCUGCAGGGGCUUUUCACUUUCUACCACCAUGGCUACGAGCUUGCAAAGGACUUCAGCGAUUUCAAGACAGAGCUGACAAUCAGCAUCCAGAAUACAAGAAAUCGAUUUGAAGGAACAAGGUCAGAGGUUGAGUCUUUGAUGAAGAAGAUGAAGGAGAAUCCUCAUGAGCACAAAAACAUCAGCCCUUACACAAUGGAGGGUUAUCUCUACGUGCAGGAGAAACGUCACUUUGGGACUUCUUGGGUGAAGCAUUACUGCACAUACCAGAGAGAAUCAAAGCGGAUCACAAUGGUGCCAUUUGACCAGAAAUCUGGAGGAAAAGCGGGAGAAGACGAAGCUGUUAUCCUCAAGUCUUGUACACGGCGGAAAACUGACUCAAUCGAGAAGAGGUUUUGCUUUGACGUGGAAGCUGUUGAUCGGCCUGGUGUGAUCACCAUGCAGGCACUUUCAGAAGAGGACCGAAGGCUGUGGAUGGAGGCGAUGGAUGGCCGGGAACCGGUCUACAACUCGAACAAGGACAACCAAAGUGAAGGCACUGCCCAGUUGGAUAAUAUUGGCUUCAGCAUUAUCAAGAAAUGCAUACAUGCUGUCGAAACAAGAGGGAUCAAUGAGCAAGGGCUGUACCGAAUUGUUGGAGUAAACUCUAGAGUUCAAAAGCUGUUGAGUAUAUUAAUGGAUCCCAAAACGGCUACAGAAACAGAAACAGAGAUCUGUGCAGAGUGGGAGAUAAAGACGAUUACUAGUGCACUGAAAACUUACCUGAGAAUGCUUCCGGGGCCGCUCAUGAUGUACCAGUUUCAAAGGAGCUUCAUCAAAGCAGCAAAACUCGAGAAUCAGGAGUCAAGGGUGUCAGAGAUCCACAGCCUCGUCCAUCGGCUCCCAGAGAAAAACAGGCAGAUGUUGCACUUGCUCAUGAACCACUUGGCAAAAGUUGCAAAUAAUCACAAGCAGAACCUGAUGACUGUUGCUAAUCUGGGUGUGGUAUUUGGGCCAACACUGCUUCGACCUCAAGAGGAAACAGUCGCUGCCAUUAUGGACAUCAAAUUUCAGAACAUUGUGAUUGAAAUUUUAAUAGAAAACCAUGAGAAGAUAUUUAACAUGGUGCCAGAGACUCCACCAUCGAACUCGCAGCUGCUGUUAUCUCGCAAGAAGAGCACGGACUCAAAGCCUCCCUCCUGCAGCGAGAGACCACUGACACUCUUCCACACAGCACAACCCAAUGAGAAGCAGGAGAACAGGAACAGUAUCCUCAACUCCAGCCUGGAAUCCGUCAUCUCUUCAAAUGUAAACAGCUUCCUUAACUCCAACAACGCUCCCCAGCCCAGCCUGAACUCAAGUGAUCUUGAACUAGAAGUAAUUAAACCCAACAGGCCAAAUUCACUCCCUCAGAAUCCAAGCCCAACGUCACCCCUCUCACCGUCUUGGCCCAUGUUCUCUGCGCCAUCAAGUCCUAUGCCCACCUCCUCUACGUCCAGCGACUCAUCCCCCAUCAGCUCACCACUGCGGAAAGCCCGAGCUUUGUAUGCCUGUAAAGCAGAACACGACUCGGAGCUCUCCUUCACGGCAGGCACUGUGUUUGAUAACGUUCAUCCAUCCCAGGAGCCUGGCUGGCUGGAAGGGACCCUCAACGGCAAGACAGGAUUAAUCCCCGAGAACUACAUUGAGUACCUAUAACUUUGGGUGUAAGAUUGCCCCACUGCUGAUUUUUACAUGGUAUCCAUGGCAGCCGCUGGUGGGAGUCCUAUAAACCAUUUUGCUCUUUGCCACUGUGUGAUGCAGGGUCAGGACUUGCCCAAACCGACUGAGCUGAAAGUUUGUGUGGAUAAUAGUGUUCGUCUGUCCUCCUGCACUCCAGUGCAUGCUGGGGCUGUGUGAGGAGCAGUCCUGGGGAGAUGGCUGAACUCCUCCAGCCCCAAGUGGUGGCAGGUGUUGCCCAAAGCCCACGUGCCAGCUGGGAGCCAUCACAGCAGUGAGAAAGCCAGCAAAGCAGCAGCUCUACGCCGCAGCCCAAGCACUCUGUAGGGGCCAAGCCUGCAAAUUGUGAACCAGCAUAACAGAGCUCCAAGCCUGAUGCUCUCUACAGUGAGACUGUUGGCCAGCUGUAAAGAGCAUUAGUGGAAGCUGAGGAACCCCAACCCAUCAGCCUCCGUGCCAGAGGAGGAGCAGUCAGCAGCAAGGAGUCAUUUGCUCCCAGGCCCUUCCCCACUUUUCCGACCAGCCUGAGCGAAGCUCUCCCAUGCAGCUGGGAGCAACCCAGCCCCAUCUCACACUGCAGCAGCAGGAGAAGGGGUGAGGUGCUUUCAGCUGACAUCAAACUACAAGCUGGGUCUGCAGCAGCAGUUUGCACAAGGCUGAGCUUCUCAUGACAGGCUGGGUGCAGCCACAGCAGAGCUGUGCUCUUGCAGGCGAGAGCAAGAUGUUGGGAUGGGCUCUGUGAAGGUGGGCACAGUACUGGCUGGGAGCUGUCAGGACUCAGCAGGCAUCAGCAUAGUGGAGGGGAGAAUACUUUGGACCAAACCUCUCAAACUUUUUUUAUUGUAAGAUUUAGAUUUUUGCAAGGUAAAUGUCUGUGAUCUGUGCAGCCUUAGUUUCCUUCCUGGACAGCAAGAUGUAUCUCCUUUUGUUUGACUGGCUGUUUUGUGUCUCCACUUUCCAGUGCACAUUGCACAGAGAUGUCCAUGCUUUCACAAAUGCCCAGGCUGCUGAUGUGCCAUUUUGGAGCUGCGUUUGCCACUUGCCACUGUUGCUUUUCAGGUGGUCUCCUUGCUUGCAGCCUGGUCUAGUCUGUCUGUGCCAACUCUGUGCAGUUACUGGCUGUGGAAGGUAAAUUAUUUCCAUACUCACAGGACAUUUGUUGUUAGUGUGGCCAAGUUAUGGUCUACAGAAAGCAAAGGAUGAGCCCCUUGGCUCCACCACCCCUCUGUCCCUGCCCUGGAGGGGAUGCUCAUGUCUCCAUGGACACACAGCAAGUGGUUGCAGAGCAAGUUUGCAAAUCCCUUGCCAUUUGGGGUCAUUUUUAAGGGGGAGGGUGGGAGAAGGAGCCCUGUGUGACUGCAGAGCCGGGCUGGCCAGCUGGCAUGUCAAGAGCUGGAACAAUUAUAUUUUGUAAUAGAAAAUCGUGAAAGAACCCCCAGCCCCUGACAGAGAGAGUCUCUUGUGCAGAAGCAAUGCUGUCACAUGCUGCUGGGGGGUGGAUGUUGUGUCUUUUUGUAAUAAUUUUAAAGACUCUGAGUGACUGAAUUGCUGUAUGUGUCACUUUUUAUUUUUGAGAGAAUUAAUGUAUAAAUAGAGUAUCUUAAAAUAUUAUGAUGGAAAGAUCUAUAUUUGAUAUUUUUAGAAGACCUGUAACAAGAGAAGUGAAGGACAUUUGAAACCAGUUACAGAAAAGCACUUGCAAACACACUCGCAUCUACAACCACCCUCUGGGCCUUGGGCUGCCUUUUCAUUCACUUCAUGGUGUCACAUAGAAAUGAGGGAAACUGACAUUUCAAGCCUCUUUAUGUUUCUUUCACAGUAAUUAAACUUCCUAGACUUUUGUCCUGGGGGGGGUGGUAGUGGUGGGAAUUAAAAACAGAAGUGGAAGGAGUUGAUCUUCUUCCUGAUUUCUAGGGUGGGUGCAGUAUACCUCAUCUCCUUGGGAGUGUAGCCCUGCUGUAAGUGACACCCUGCCCUCUCUGGGGACAUGUGGGGCACAUCACCUGACAUGACUGGUAUUGUCUGGGCAGGGGAUGAAGUCUCCAAACUGUCCCACGUUUUCUGCUUUAAGGUGUUGGAUGACGAGAGCUGAGAGGUUUGUAGGGAUGACAGCCAGAGUUUCACCAGCAAAUUGCUGGUUCAUGUUCAUCCUUGGAUUUAGUAGUGAACAUUUAUUGAUUUUCCUGAAGCAGAGGAUUGGGCUGGGCUUUCUUCAGGCCCAGCCGUUGCUGCAAUGCUGCUGGCUGGUGCUGGGACCUCAGGGAGGCUGCUUAGAGCCUGCCCUGGCACCUGCACUACUACAGAAACCCCUUUCCAGGGGUGUAGGAGAGGGAUGGGAAGGACUAAUGGAAAGGAAGGGGUGGGAAAGGCUUAACAGUUCAUCUGUCAGCACUAUUUGCUUGUGUUUGGGACUGUCCUGUCCUGAGCCACUCCUCCAGCAUGAUCCCUCCUCCUCUCAUGGGAUGCAGCCAGAGCUGGCAACUUUCAGCUCAGGCAGGGGUUUCCCAGCACAAACUUCUGUCUGAAAUGUGCCUCUUUGAGCAGAGAGCAUACUAUGGACAAAUAAGAAUUUCAAACAUGUCAAAAAACACUCUAAAAGGCAUAUUUAAGGGGUAUGGUAUUUCAGGACCUCUUCAGUCACACUGCACAAGCACUAGCACUGGCUGCUCCGUGCCCAGAGGCUGCCGCCAGUCCUUAUGCCCACAAAACCUUUUAGUGCAGCGUCCCCUUUGGCUCUUCAGAUGCUCAAGUUAUUCCGAGAUGGGAGUAAUUUCCUUUUCCUAGCUAUUUAGGAGCUUUUGGAUAUGCUACCUAGAGAAUUAUUGGGAACAAGUCCCACACAAAUGUACUUACAAGAUGUCUUUUAGAGGAAAGGAAAAUAAAGCAUAAAAGACCUAGUGGAUUUUUUUUUUUUAUUAAAACUUUCCAAAAAGAAAAAUUUGGCUGAAACACUUACUAAACAUUCCCAUUUUGGGCCAGCUUUAAUACUGGAGUAAACAUUGGUUUACUCCAAGGGAAAUUAAAGAAAGAAAAUACUUUUUUAAAUCAGCUUGACAUGGCAUUUGAUGCUUAAUGUUAAAGUCAUCAGUCAAAAGUAUAAGAAGGGAGAGUGUUCAGACCUGCCAAUAGGUAAAGUCUGUCCUAUAUUCCCUGUCCCAUCGUUUUAGGCAGUAAACAAACAAAAAAAAAGAUAUGGUGCAAUAAUAUCUGUUGAAACAGAUGUCAAAUGAGUCUCGGGGUGCAAUCCUGCUGUGUUUCAAGUCAAUGGCGCAAGUCCCAUGAGCUGGCCACAGCCAGGCUGCUGUGCGCCAGCCACUGACACGUGUGGCCUUUCUGAGGUCCUCACAGGUCCAUGGUCAAGCUUCUGGCCCUUUUCUCUACUGAUUUUGCAGUGUUUUGAAGCAGAAAAAGUGAAGCACCUCGGAUGAUUUAAGAGCACCCAUGCUGCAGCCAGGGCGCCUGUCACACUCCUGGUGCCCUGCUGGGGGCUUGGGCUGGGCUGUGUGGGGUUGGAGCUGGACUGGGUUGAGUUUAGGCUUGGCUUGGGCUGGAGUUGGCUUCGAUGCUUUUUUUUUUUUUCUAGCAGGCUAUUACUCAGAGCAACAUUUUCAGACUGUGGCCAUGAAUUUUUCAGAUUCCCAUCUGGCUCUGCAGUCAGACAAAACAUCCUCCUGGUAAUUGUCUUGUCUCAAGAAGACUUCUGUGGCCUGAAUAGCAGCCCAGACCAUUACAGCUAAUUACAGCCAUCCUCCGCAUCCACACACAGUCCUCAGUUAUUGCUGUAACAUGGGGGUAUGCAGAUGGUCUGUCCUCUGCACCAGCACUUUAAGUUGCGGACAGGCUCCCGCUGGUCCUUGCUGCUGCUUCACACUGGCUUCGACUGAACAGCCUUGGUUAGAUGCUGUGACCAUAGCUCAGAACACUAUGGCUUCUCUGGGCACCAGAGAGGUUGGACCAUUCCGCUGUGGGUGUGAACUCCAGGGUGCAUCCGUCUGUGCUGGGACACAGUGCUAGAAACACCUCAUUUCACAGAAUGGGCUGCAUGCUCUAAUCCUGAGCUAGAAGUUUGAUGAUCGUGACUUCAGGCUCUGCUGUCACUUUAUGUCAUAGACUGCAGGUGAAGCACUAGAAUUUUCCCUCAAGGAAGGGUAUCACUUAUUUUAGUUUUACUUCUGCUGACAGCUUAAAAGAGGGUGGCUGUGAGGAAUGGGAGGAGGAUGUUUAUUAGAGCCUCUUAACACCAUCACAUCUGGGUCCUGUAAUAGCCUGCUGAUGGCUAUGUUUAAAUACUGAAGAGGAGUUGUUCUGAUUUAUCUGAAGUAUUGCACAGCACAAAUCCAAACAGCUUUGAGUAGUAUUUAAGUCCCCCUCCAAGAGCUUUUCCUUUAUUUCUGGCCAGUCUGCCCCAAGGAACCCUGGGGCUGCAGGCAAUGCUUGGGCAGGAGGAGCUGCAUCCCCUCAUCUCCUCCUGUUAGAUUACUUUUCAGGAGGUGUUUUUGUUUGGUGUCAGGACUGUCCUCUGCCAGCCUGCACCCUUCUCAAAGCAGUACCAGCAGGAAACCAGGAGUUUCCCAGGAGCUGCUGUUUGGGGAAGGGUGGGAUUUGGUUAGUGGGCUCCUCACAGCCAGCUGAGGCUUUGCCUUGCUCCCUUGGCACCUGAGGCCAUUCUGGUGUGAGGGAGCUGCAGCAGCAAUGCCUGUAGCUCAAGGCAUAAAGGUCAGGAAAUCAAGAAUGAAUCACAAGUUCAUGGGAGGUGCAGCAGGUAAGGGCUCAUGGGAAGAGGGCUGUCACAGAGACAAUACUUCUUCCAGUUGCUGUUUUACAGAAAUUUUCAUGCCCAAAGGCAGACCCUCACUCUGUGUGAAGCCCUUUAAGCUGUAAGCAUGAGAUGACGGCCACUACACCAAAGCUGAAGAUGAGUAGCAUCCUUUGCCAUAGGAAAACACAAAGGGUUCUCUGUUUCUCCCUGUGUCCAUGCACUCUAUAGCAAUAUUUACCUUUACAGGCUGUGUUUGCUGAAAGGGGACUCAGCACCCCAAACCCCACCAGGGUUCAACCAGCCUGUGCCAGGCUCCUGACCCCUGCAGGGCCCCCACUGCUCCCUAGCACUGCUGGGUGUGCCAGGCAGGUAUUUUGAAGAGGUGUCUGACUUACAGUUAUUGCUCCAUGAGAAGGAAAGAGAAAUAAGCAAAAAAUCCACCCCAAAAUCUGAUUUUUCUUGUCCCAAAGCACUCUCGGAAAGGCUUUUCCCUCUUUGCAGUUUUGAUACAUCUUUCCUAUAGAAAUGUCAUUUAUAUUCUUUUCAUCAUUCAAGUGUGUAGUCCUGAAAAGGCAAAAAGCAGAAGUUCCUCAGCACCCAGGAAACCAUUUUUCCCCCCCAUCAGGCCCAGCACUGUCCCUCUGUUGCCCAGCAGGGCAGCCCCCCCUGGGUGCCCUGCCUCUGCUCCCCAUCUGAAUCAGCCUGUGGGACAUCAGACCCCAUCCCUGCCUCUUAUCAUUUGGUGCAAUCUCCAGAAAUGAUUGAAAUAGCACAAAACUUGUGCUACCAGUGCUCUCUGGAGCAGUGCACAGUAAAUCACAGCCAGCCUGGAACAGCACUUGGUAAUAAAAUACAGAGCACAGGAAUAUCCUCCUGGCAGGGCCACCUGUGAGCAGCUGUGCACACUGUGUGCAGCCAGGCUUUGGGACAGAGACCCAUAGGAAAGCAAACUGUGUUUCUACUCAAAACACAGAAACUUUACCUCCCUGCAAGUAAGUGCAGGCUUGAUUACACAUAAGCUUUUUUCUGCUGUCCAGGAAAGCAUCUGCUCAGCAUUUCUGAGGUGGUUUCACAAGCCUCGCUGGGGGCCAGCAGGGCUCUGUCCCCCACCUCAGCCCACAGCUGCCCCCAGGAGCCCCGUCCCCUCAGCAGGGCCUCCACAGCUGGGGGCAGCUGAAGGCAUCUGCCCCAUGGGGUCCAGGGUGCUGGUCUCACUACCUUUUUCUUUUUUUUUUUUUCCAGCAGCAUUUCAACAUUGUUUCUUGCUUUGCAGAGAGGGAUGGAGGCAUGAGCAAGGGAAAAGAUGCCAGUGGGGG